UCAAAAGAGAACCGUCUUCGUGUUUGCCGUGUUUGCCUCUUAACCGAAUAGGACACGCCAUCGUUUGUGCUUGUUUGUGGAAAUACUGCCUAGUUUUUGGUUACGGAGUGUUUCGGCUACAAAAAAUAGCAUAAGAAUGGGCAUGCUGGAAUCCCUGGGCGUCGAUGGGCUGCUGAGCGAUGUGCAGCGGAUGGAUAUGCGACAGUUUUUCUUCCAAGUGCUAAGUUUUGGAAUGAUCGUUUCCUCGGCACUUAUGGUCUGGAAGGGGUUGAUGGUGGCCACGGGCAGCGAAUCGCCAAUUGUUGUAGUCUUGAGUGGCAGUAUGGAGCCUGCUUUCCAUCGUGGAGAUCUUCUGUUCUUGACGAACCAGGAAGAGCCAGUUCGUGUGGGUGAGAUCGUUGUGUUCAAGAUCGAAGGUCGCGACAUUCCAAUCGUUCAUCGCGUGAUCAAGUUGCACGAGAAGAACAACGGAACGGUCAAGUUCCUCACCAAGGGUGACAACAACUCGGUCGACGAUCGGGGUUUGUAUGCUCCAGGACAGCUAUGGCUCGCCAAGAAGGACAUUGUGGGUAGAGCCAGAGGAUUUCUGCCAUACGUUGGAAUGAUAACAAUUUACAUGAACGAAUAUCCCAACCUGAAGUACGGAAUUCUGGGAUUGCUGGCGGUUUAUGUAUUACUUCACCGGGAAUAAAUCUAAUAGCACGGAUCGAUGUCGUUCUCUUCCAAUUCAGGAGUGACAAGAGGCGUAUUGGUAGCUUAAAAGAAUGCGUGGGGAGAGGAAUGCGAUGAAACGUACCGAUUUUCGUGGUAAAUAAGUUGCAUUUGAAAAUAGAGCAAAUUAACAAUGAGAACAUGAAAAAACGAAAAUGUUCAACUUAAUUAAUGCAAAAAUACAAAACGAAUUUCUUGAUAAUCUGUGACUUUGGUUGGAUGAGUAACUGUUUGAGCAUACAUCAUUUUCUUCAACAUUAGUAUUUCGCACAAUUCAAAGCCCAUCAAAUCAUUUUAAUUAAUAAACGGUUUUGUUUUGCCGAGAGUUAUACAGAAAUAUACCAAUAUUCAUUAUUGCUAAUCACCUCCGAGAUUCAAUUUGAAA